AAAUAUAAGUGAUAAUGUUAGCACUACCGUAGAUAGUAGAAAAUCGGAAUGCAUUAUUUCAUCUAGAUUGUUGUGAAAAGUGUAACAAAAGGAUAUUAAUAUAUACUAUUGACUAGACAUAACAGGUAUUUAUGAACGGAUUAAGAUUUAUAUUUGUAACCCUACAUGUCGACAAAUCGAUUAUAUGCAGAAUUUGUAUUCUUCAAAGUAAUUUGAUCUAAAUAAACAUUACCGUUUUGGUAUGGAUCAAGUUUCUAUUUAAGUUAAAACUAUACUUCUAUAAAAUGAUGACUUACCCUAAGUGUAUAACAUGAUUUUUAGAACUGAAAUUGAUCUCUUAGUGAAGUAUACAUAAGAGAACAAUUAAAUCUUUUUUUAAAAUAUACAUUUACUGUGAAAAUAUUUUGUGUAGUUUAUACAUAUUACUGAUUUUUAUUCAAAGUAGUAAUAAAUUGUAGUUUUUAAAACAAUAAUUCGAUCGAAAAUGAAGUGGACGGAUUUGAUCAAUGAUUUUCAAUAUAUCAAAGCCCACAGCUGUCGUGGUUUAUAUUCCUUUGUAGCCUGAAUCAAUCCUUUAAGAUAUAAUUGUGAUAGAGAUCGUACACUAUGCUGGAAUUGAUUUGUAAACAUUUGGUAUGUUGAAAACUAUGAUUCAUUGAUACCAUCAUGUUUAAUGUUUAGUGGUGACCGUAAAAUGUUGAUACAGAUCUAGCCUUAUGAAACAAAUAUAACAUAAUGUUAAAAAAUAACUGUUUAACUCUAUUUCAUACUAUCUAGUUUCUUUAUGUGUAUUUCAUGAUUGUUAAAAUCAAACGGAAAUAUUUGAAUAUUCAACAAUAAUGACUGAGGAGUUACCAACUGGUAUACAUUUGAUUACUUCUGUGAAGUGAGUAUUCCACCAUUUUUACCAUUCAAAACACUCACAGAAUUCGUAGUUUAGUCUCAUUUAUAGGCAUUAACGAUCAAACAAUAACUGAGUUACAAGUCAUUUUCAAUAUUUUCAUUGUAUGUAUAGCUAACUGAAAUAGAUGUGCAGUUUUAUUCAAUAGUGUGUUAGACAUAGAAGGAACAAAUGUUUCAUUACUCACCUCUCUAGAAUAGAAGUGGACAAGUAAAAUGUUAACACUGUCUUGUCAUAAUAUACAACUUGAUAGAAAACUGUGCAGAGUAGAAACGAAUAAGUUUGACUUCAUUUUGUGGUAUUCAUAAAUCAAUGUCACCCAUAAACCAACCUAAUCCCUUACUUCCACUUUUAAAAAACCAAAAGACAUAACAGAAGAAGAAGAAGAAGAAGAAAAUUCAGUAUCUGAAGAGUAAAUAUUCACGACUGAGAUGAGCCAUAUAGUGGAUAAAGUGUACGUAAUCUUUACUUACACAUUUACAAACAUAAAUCAUCACCAAGACAUCACGGUUUACAGUCACUGAUAUCAACGUAAGUAGAUAACAAUAGACAUAGAUUCAACUGGGAAACAUUUAAAUUCUAGAUUGAGAUAACUCUAAUUGUACCAGGGAAUUUCCAGCAUGAUAUUCACGUCAAUCAGUAAUCAAUAGACACACAAGUUUACACCUGAUAUAUGAAAUCGUUAGAAAAAGACUAGCCAACCGUAUGGUUGUGGAUCAAUGGAACAAGAUAGUCAAAGUGAAUACACAAACAAAUUGAAACUACGAAACCUACGACGAAAGCCAAUCAUAGGCAAGGCUCACAGAACAAACUGAUUUUUAGUCUAAUCAAAUAACUAAGUUCACUCGUAUCUGAAGUGAGGGUUUAUGUUUUUUACAAUGCCGAUGAAAACUCCGUUAUCACGCCAUCUAGCUCAGAGCACAUAACAAAUUCAAAGUAUCUAUCUCAGCGAUUAAUCUUUUACAUCAUUAAUUAUGAUAUUAUUACAGAUUCUUGCUUUCCAAGAAUAUGUAUUCACUACUUUUAGACAAUGCUGAAAAAAUGAUGUAGUGAAUGAUUUUAACUGAUUAUUUAAUAAAUUCAUGCUACAGACUAGCGAUUGCCGCCAGCUUUGUUAGGUGUAAACAUUUCAUCUUCAUGCAUUAAAUUUUCUACAAGAAACUAUCUGUAAGUUAACACAUUUGUAUUACUAGAAGUGAAGGUAGCAUUACCGCCAAGUGAAUCUGUGGGUUUUUUUACUAACUAAUGAUUCCUUUUUACUUGAUUGCACUCUUAAUAUGAAUUUCAAAUAUAAUACGUUCAAUGUGGGAUUGUGGAGAUUGUUAAGUUUUUGAUUGAGAUCAUGAAUCAAUAUACGUUAGACCAUCAUUAAAAACCUAGAAGCACUGGAAGGCCGUUUCAUCCUAGUAUGGGACUACUCAGCAGUGCGCAUACACGACCGCACACGCGAGAUUUGAAUCCAGGAACUUUGGUGGUCUAGGAGUUAAGUGUUAGCGUGCAAACUAGGAAUCCAACAAAUGACGCAAUUUAACCAAGAAGUAUUAGAUGAGUAUGAAUUCGAAAUCAGGGAGUAAUCAAGUACAAAGUAAUCAUUAUUUCAUACAAACACCACAGUUUAUUCUCAUAAUUGUUCUCCCUUUGUGACAAAAUAAAUGUGGCCAUAAGCUCACAAAAAUGAUGAAUUAUUCUGAACUGAGUAAUUUUCAUUAUAACUAAUCAAUUAUUUUCAAAGGAACCUCUACUGUUCAGCAAACACAUCAGUUAGAGAAACAUUGAGGACAAAGAAGAUUGGUUUACGCCUGUGAAUAAUCAACUGUGCUUACGCACUUAACCAGUAAAGAUGGAACUCAUGACCUUAAGUUUCCAAGUCGAGCGUGGUACAUUUAGACAAGUGAAUAGAAGUCUAUUGGUUUCACUGACUAUUGUUAUUCAAUUUAAUACAGAGCAUAUAAUAACAAACGUCCAAGGAAAGCUAUAUUUUGGAAAUCCCAAGCGAAACAGUUGGUUUCAAUAUGUAUAACUGAUCAUUGUAUGGGAUUAUCAUUACUUAUCUUUUUCCAAUAACAGAUUGAGGCGGUAAACUUCUGCGAAUUUCGCUUUCAUGCCAUUCAUGGCAUUUUUCAAAGAAGAUUGUAAAUUUUGAGGAAAUGUGUGAAUAAACAACCGCUUUCACUCACUCUGCCAUAAAUUCUGAUUUUUUUCAGAAUAUCUAAUUCACACAUCUGGAGUAUAUUAGCUACUGAAAGAUUUAAACCUGUAACAAGCCCUUCCAACUACUGUAUUAUUUGUGCUUUCUUUGUAAUUUAGACAUUUAAUCGACUUUGCAAAUUUAUGUGUGAGUGUGAUUGAGCGCAUGUGUCUGCACAUCAAUCUCUAAUUUGUUCUCUCAUUGGUUGUAAUCAAAGACGAUCAAUAAUUUAUCCACAAUCUAUUACCACUCAUAAAUAUAUUUGGAUUUUCAACACUCAUUAACACACACACAAACUCACUGACUGGUUUUCCCUGUGUGUUUGUAAUCUAUAGACUUGCGGAUUUUUACCAAACUUCAACAAUAAACUAUCUCUAUAAUUGCUGUUCAGGUGUUUGAAUAAUCUUGAGUGAACCCAUAAUUCUACCAGAUUAUUUAUUUAUUGCAGUCAGAUAUAUAGGAAUUGAUGCUCUACGAAAUUGAUGAGCCGCAUUUGGAACGCGUACCAUCUCUCCACAAGUCUGCCGCAUAUUCUCCAAUCAUAUCAUAAAGAACUUCACAUUUGAAUUGCUGUUUCAAUUAUAAAAAUUCGCAUAUUUGUACCGAAAGUGUCAGUUUUUUUAUUCGGUUUUCGAAGUUAAAACAACAGGAAUGUAUUUAUAUCAAGUUGAACAAAAAGAAUUCGUUCAAUGAAACAUGUCUCAAGAACUUGGAAUGGUAACACUGAGAGUCAUACACCAAAAUCUGCCAUGAUUUUGGAGACUGUAUUCUUUUGAGAAAAAUGCCUGAAAUCCCAAAUUUCGGAACCUCUACUGUUCAGCAAACACAUCAGUUAGAGAAACAUUGAGGACAAAGAAGAUUGGUUUACGCCUGUGAAUAAUCAACUGUGCUUACGCACUUAACCAGUAAAGAUGGAACUCAUGACCUUAAGUUUCCAAGUCGAGCGUGGUACAUUUAGACAAGUGAAUAGAAGUCUAUUGGUUUCACUGACUAUUGUUAUUCAAUUUAAUACAGAGCAUAUAAUAACAAACGUCCAAGGAAAGCUAUAUUUUGGAAAUCCCAAGCGAAACAGUUGGUUUCAAUAUGUAUAACUGAUCAUUGUAUGGGAUUAUCAUUACUUAUCUUUUUCCAAUAACAGAUUGAGGCGGUAAACUUCUGCGAAUUUCGCUUUCAUGCCAUUCAUGGCAUUUUUCAAAGAAGAUUGUAAAUUUUGAGGAAAUGUGUGAAUAAACAACCGCUUUCACUCACUCUGCCAUAAAUUCUGAUUUUUUUCAGAAUAUCUAAUUCACACAUCUGGAGUAUAUUAGCUACUGAAAGAUUUAAACCUGUAACAAGCCCUUCCAACUACUGUAUUAUUUGUGCUUUCUUUGUAAUUUAGACAUUUAAUCGACUUUGCAAAUUUAUGUGUGAGUGUGAUUGAGCGCAUGUGUCUGCACAUCAAUCUCUAAUUUGUUCUCUCAUUGGUUGUAAUCAAAGACGAUCAAUAAUUUAUCCACAAUCUAUUACCACUCAUAAAUAUAUUUGGAUUUUCAACACUCAUUAACACACACACAAACUCACUGACUGGUUUUCCCUGUGUGUUUGUAAUCUAUAGACUUGCGGAUUUUUACCAAACUUCAACAAUAAACUAUCUCUAUAAUUGCUGUUCAGGUGUUUGAAUAAUCUUGAGUGAACCCAUAAUUCUACCAGAUUAUUUAUUUAUUGCAGUCAGAUAUAUAGGAAUUGAUGCUCUACGAAAUUGAUGAGCCGCAUUUGGAACGCGUACCAUCUCUCCACAAGUCUGCCGCAUAUUCUCCAAUCAUAUCAUAAAGAACUUCACAUUUGAAUUGCUGUUUCAAUUAUAAAAAUUCGCAUAUUUGUACCGAAAGUGUCAGUUUUUUUAUUCG